AUGGCGCCUUCCGCGAGAAGACUUCGCCAGAAAGAGGCUGCCUGGCCCCGCUCCAUGGCGCGGUACGAGCAGCGGGAGAAGCUGGGCGCCGGCAUCAACGGGGAAGUGUUCAAGGCGUGGGACACCCAGGACAAGCUGAUCGUCGCCAUCAAGCGGCUCAGCGGGAGCGGCAACGACGGCUUAAUUAUUUCCGGCAUACCGGAGGUUGCGCGCGAGAGCAUGUGCCUGAGCGCGUGCCGCGGCAUCCCCUCGAUCGUGCAGCACCGCCGGACCUACGCUGACGCAUACCAAUCCGAGAACGGCGACUCCUUCAUCGUGAUGGACUACGUGGGGCGCCUCAACCUGCGCGGCUACAUGCAGCGCCGGGUCACUCGUCGUCGGCGGUUCUCUGAAGCCGAGGUGCGCCGGAUCAUGAAGCAGCUCCUGGAGGGGGCGAAGGCCAUGCACGGCCAGGGCGUCCUGCACCUGGACAUCAAACCGGAGAACGUGCUCCUCGACGACGGCACAGAGGACAGGAAGGAGAGGCCCAAGAAGGGGGCCAUCGAAGCCGAUGUUCGCGGCGAGGUCAAGGGCGACCGCGUAGUCUACAAGAUCGGCGGUUUCGGCAUGUCCCAGAAGAAAGGGCCGGGCAAGAGCCUGCCGGAGGUGACUAUUCUGACGCCGUACAGCGCACCGGAGCUCCUGCUGCACUCCCGCGAAUACGACGAUCGCGUGGACACGUGGGGGCUCGGAUGCAUAAUGGCCGACCUCCUCUCGGGCACGGGCGCCUCCAUGUUCGACGGCGAGUCGGACAUAGAGAUCAUGGCUAAAGUGUUUGGCAUCGUCGGCACGGAGGGGAUCAAGGAUUGGUCUGGAUACUCGGGGCUAGCGGCAGACCGGAAGUCGAAGCUGCCGGGUGACGGAGGCAUCAGCCGCCUUCGGCACAAGUUUCCCAGUCGCAAGUUGUCGUCGGCCGGGUUCGAGGUGCUCAGCGGGCUGCUGGAGAGCAACCCGGAGAAGCGGCUUACAGCAGCGGAGGCGCUUCAGAAGCCUUGGUUCGGCAAACAACGACGUGGCUUUGGUAGUUUCUUCAAGUCGUGCAUGGUUGGAGUCCUACCCGAGAUAUAA